CAUCACGCCCCGGUGGCGUUUUCGUGUCUAGCCGGUGCCCCUCCCCCCACUCCGGUUUCCUCUUGCGACUUUCAAGCCUGCUCUGCAACAUACACUAUUAUGCAUCAUGACGCAUGCGCGCAGAGACACCUCCACGAUGCAAAUGUCACUGCGCAACCGACUCAAAGCGAGGCCGAGAAACGGUUGAAGCGAAGUGCGGGCCUUAAAAAAAAAAAAAAAGAGGGCGGGUUCCCGUUUAUUAAUGAAAACUGCGAGACAUGAACCCGUGUGGCCUCGCAAAGAAAAGCAAGAACAAGCCGCCAUUCCCAGUGUUUAAAAACCCCUCAUCCGCGAUCUUCGAGAAAGUUCCCACUGACCGCAACACAGCGGCGGCGGCGGAAAAGAUGACGUCAAGUGCCCAUUACCGUUGCUCUCCCGUUUCCCCCCAUUUCAGUCCACAUUCACACGUUAAUGGCCACCGACGGAGGUUACACCCGCCGCGAGCGGACAAACAACGUGAAAGCGCGGAGGACAAUCUAGACACCGGCGGUUUACUCACAGAGUCGUUAAAAACGAGCGUUAAACCGUUUGACACAUACCCCCAUCUCAGUCUAUCCAGCAGACGGAGACCUUAUAAGCUCGGUGGGGCUCAGGCGGCCACGUGAUCCCUCUCGACCAAUGGGAGCGACGCUUGCAUGUUUUGCUGGGGUUUUCUCGGAGAGGACGGGCGACGAACGGCUGGGAUGUUUUCAAAACCAGCGAUGAACGUCACACAGCCGUAGGCUACGGUUAACGUCCAAUAUUUAGGAAAUAACUAUUUAUAUUGCGCAACAUUCAACACAUAGCUGAACCUGAAUGAGUCGGUGGGAACGCGUAACCCGGUGCAAAGGUGCAUGAUGAACCUACUGCGCUGUAGCUGUCACAGCUAGUCAGGUGCCACACCAUGGCCAAACCUGGGAGCGACAGAGAUGGAGCCAUGGUGGAUAAGCAGGCGGGGAAGAAGAGCAAAGACAAGUUGUCCCCUUUCACCAAAACUCCGAAGCUGGACCGGAGUGAAUUGCUGGGGAAGGAAGGGAAAGCCAAGUCUUCCAUGAAGCGCAAGCUCUCCUUCACUGCCAGUCCGCUCCGGACAGAGGAGCGAGACUCUGACACCGAUGACUCAGACCCAGGCCAGUCGAGUGAGACCUGGGGAGAGAGAUUAGUGCCUCCCUGCAGGAUAUACGCAGAUAAAGAUGGACCGGACAAGAAGAAGGUGAAAAAGGAGUCUGGGGGCAAGAAGUCCCAGGCCAACCUGUUGUUUGGGUAUCCUCUGUCAGAGCGCAAACAGAUGGCUCUACUAAUGCAGAUGACUGCCAACAGUCCAGACUCUACCCCUAGUCACCCCUCACAAACGACCCCUGUGCAGAAGAAAGUCCCCAGCAGCGCCUCGUCUCGACAGAAGGACAAGGUCAACAAGAGGAACGAGCGAGGGGAGACUCCCCUUCACAUGGCUGCCAUCCGGGGAGACGCCAAGCAAGUUAAAGAGCUCAUUAGCCUGGGAGCUGAUGUCAACGUCAAAGACUUUGCAGGUUGGACUCCUCUUCAUGAAGCCUGUAAUCUCGGCUACUACGAUGUGGCCAAGGUCUUAAUAGCAGCAGGUGCGGAGGUGAACACGCAGGGUCUGGAUGACGACACGCCACUCCAUGAUGCCUCAAGCAGCGGGCAUAAAGAUAUUGUGAAACUGCUACUACGCCACGGUGGAAACGCCUUCCAGGCUAACAAGCGCGGGGAGCGCCCUGUGGACGUGGCUGACUCUCAGGAGCUGGAACAGCUAUUAAAGGGAGAGGUGCCACUGUCGGACCCAGAUGACAGUUCUUCAGAGUCUGAAGACCCACCAUCUGUCAAUCCAUCCAGUGUGGAUGACAACAUGGAAGACACUGAUACUGAAAAGGAUUCAGAUGGCAAACCAGCCACAAAAGCGUCUUCGUCCGUGCCCGGGCUGGAUGAGUAUGAGUUCAAGGACGAGGAAGAGGAGGAGGAUCUCAGUAAAGCCCUGAACGACAGACACAUCCUCCGGAGGGAACUUCGCCAGCGGGAGAAGGAGGAAAAGGAAAGGAAUCAUGUGGCAGGAAAGCAGAGUGGCAAAGGGGAUUCCUCCUCAAAGUCCAAAAAGCAGAAGACUCCUCGUGUCCACUGCAGCUCUGACACCUCCAGUGAUGAAAUGGAGAGCCUUCCAGAGAAAAGGAAUUCCCCUACCUGCUCUCAGAGCUCAGAGAGCGUCAAGGCUGACACAAGGUCUAAAAAGGAGAAUGCUGAGCAAAAGGACAAAGGCAAAGUCAAGAGGAAGAGCAAAAGCCAGAAUAAAAACAAGGAAAACCAAGAGGAUGGGAAAGAGAACAGCAAAACUUUGGUCCUCUCUCUGGCAACUGUGUCCGAGAGCACAGAAAAAGGUCGGGAGGAAGACUCUUUCAAAAUGUCUUUCAGUCCUAAAGAUGACUCAUCCGUCCACCUCUUCCAUUUGUCAUCCAUAAAAUCUCCGAAACUGAACCACAGCCUGACCGAUAAACAAACACCACUCAAACAAGAAAAUACUAAGAUGUGCAUUUCCAUCAGUGACAGCUCAUGUCCGGUGGACGGUGUCAAAUACAACCACUACACAGACGCAGAUUACUGCACUGAAGGCUCCAGCACCAAGGGGUGCAAGCACAAGGAAAAGAGCAAACAUCAACAGAAAGAUUCCAGUGUAGACGGGGACGACGGUCAUUCGAGUCCGUACAAAGAAGGCAGCAUAGGAAACAGCAUAGACAGCGCUGAAGGUGCCUUACGGAAGACCGACUUAGACGGCAAAGUAGUAAAGAAGCAUAAACUUAAACACAAGGAGAAAGACAAACACAGGAGGGAAUACGAGGCAGAACGGAGCCGCCACAGGCAGAAGGAGGCCAGGAAAGACAGCCACAGGAAUUUGGAGUUUGACAGAGAGUUCUGGAAAGAGAAUUUUUUCAAAAGUGAUGAGACCGAUGAAUCUCUGCCAGUGAAAAAGGAAGGUGAAGACAAUAGCUCACUUCAGAAGACUUCUGAUUCCUCUCCUGUCAAAGAUGAGAGAAACGCAAAGGAGAAACACUCCAGCAGCAAGGAAAAGAGGCAGAGAGAGGAGCGAGAGAAAGACAAGGCUGUGAAAAAAGAGCGGAAGGAGGCUGCUGGUAAAGAAGAGAAGGUAAAGGAUUCAAAGCUCAGCGAGCGUGACGAGAGAGUGGACUGCCACGGCUCAGGGCGGAUUCCUGAGGAGACGCUCCAGAGCAACAGCAUGAAAGAAGAGACAGAGGAGAAACCCAUAAGUGGGAUCACAGCUGAUCAAGAACAGCUGGAGCCCUCUGAAAAAGGCUCACGCGAGAAAACUGACAAGAAGCUCCCAGGAAAAGAGAAGGAUUCAGAAAAAAUGGAGAAAAGGCAUCCUGAAAAGGAAAAAAAGGUCAAAACGGAGCCCUCUGACAAAGCUGAACCACAGAAUUCAGUGGAUCGUUGGAAGGAAAAAGAAAGAAUAGGCGCAAUUUCUUCCCACUCGCCCGGAGAUAAAAACUACAAAGAGAAUGAAAAACUGAAAUCUUUAUCCACAACAAAAAAGCACGAGGAGGGCAGAAAAAAUAAAGAUAAGUUUGACAAACGGUCUGAUAGGGAGAGGCAGGACAGAGAAUAUAGUGUUGGGGAUCACAGAGAAAAGGAACGCACAAACUCUGAUAAGAAAGGAAAACCUCUGGAGAAGACCACAGAUCAUAGUAAAUCUGAUCGUUCCAAAGAAAAGGACUGUGACAGGAAAAAGAGAGAUAAAAUAAAAGAUGGGACUUCCUCAAGCUCCAAUCUGAAGUUACUUUUAGAAGAGAAGAAGAGUUAUCUGUCCGAGAGCAGCAAGUCCUUAUCUACUAGAUCAAAGGAGGAAGUUGUGAGAACACCAGAGAAGGAUCGCGACCGGAGAGACCGGGACAGAGACUCUGAUAAACACAAGGAAAAGGAUAAGGACCGACACAAAGACCGCUCCCAGCAGGCCAAAAUCAGCAAGGCAAAACCCAACGAGACAGACGCAGACAAGGCCAAGUCAAAAGCCUCGCCAGCAACACGAGACACCAAGCCCAAAGAGAAGAGGCUCGUGAAUGAUGACCUGAUGCAGACCAGCUUUGAGCGCAUGCUCAGCCUGAAGGACCAGGAGAUCGAGCAAUGGCAUCGCAAACACCUGGAGAAAAUCAAACAAAAAGAGCGGGAAAGGCUUAAACAGCGGCCUCUGGCAGAUCCGGGGAAGUCCAAGCCCAAAGACAAAACGAAGACCGAACCUUGCUUGAGUAAAGAGCUGAUGCGCUCAAAAAGCUCUGAAGCCUCCGAUGUCCACAGCAGAGAUAAACCCCUGAAGGACGGCACCAGCUCCAGGACGAUGUCGCUCGAUGGGAAGACUCUGCCCUCUAUCAGCGCAAAGGUCAUGUCAGCUGUAGAAAACUGUCUGACCAGAUCACCCAGACCAGAGAGUGAACGCUGCCUCAUGUCCAGGUCUGUGUCCUUGGUUUCUGUCGCCAGCUCAGAGGAUUCGUGUCAGGCGACGACAUUGACACCCAGACACGUUGAAUACGACUCCGACAUGAACCUGGAAGCCUCCGACUCUCAACCCGCAUUCCUCCAGUCUUCCCUCGUCAUUCAAGCCACCAGAUCGCCGUCUGUCCACGAUAAGGAUUGCAACAGUCUUCCAGAUGUGCCGCAAAGUAAUCGGACGCUGCUGUCCGGCAGACAUGAAUCACCGUACCUCAGAGCUAUUCUGGAUGAAGAUGCCAACUCGUCGACCGAAAGCAAAGCUGUUGAAAAUCCACCAAAACCCAGCCAGCCGACUGAGGAGGUGAGAACAAGAGAGACCCCGGCAGAAACCGAGGAGAGUCUCAACGCUCAACAAUGUCCGACUUCAGUCGCUGAUUCCGUCACAGAAAGAGAAGUGAGCACUACUGGUGGUUUAAUACCUCAAAUGUCAAGCAAAGACCCUGAGACUAAAAACCUGACACUUCCAGAGUGUAGUGGCUCUCAAACAGGGUCAACAGAGCAGAAGACUGUUUCCUCCCCCGAUGCUCCUGUUGCGAAGGACGUCCAGAGUCUGACGGAGAUCUCACAGGCAGAUUGUGUUAACAAAGACUCUGAUCAACCAUCGAUACCUACAGCUUGUGUAUCUGCUGAGCCGGCGGCGCUCACAAACACAAAGACCCUCCAGCAAAGGGAACCUGUUCUCACUGUUUCUGAUACGGAGACUCUGCAGCAGACAGAUUUAGGUACCACACAUGUUUCUGACCUUAAAGACAAACCUCUGGAGAGUGCCGAUGGAGCGGAACAAGAGAGUAUGGAAACUGUUUCAGAAAGCUUCAGAACGGAGGCUGUAGGAAGUCCUGUACCGUCCACCAGUUCGCACAUUCCCAGCUCCACUUCAGGAGAGUCCUUGCCGGGCUCUAGCAAAACAAGCUCCGAGUCUGAAUGUUCGCAAGAGGACAUGGACGUAAACAACCAAGACUGCAAGAAAUCAAGACCUUACAGCGACACUACAGGUUCAUGUCUCGAUGUUCAGAUGGAGAAGGACAGUCUGCCCCCGGCAUUGUCCUCUAGUGCGAGCCCUGAACACAAGGCUGAAGAGAUGAUGGACGUCUCUCAGAGUUCAGAGAACAGCGGCGCUGCUGUUCCUGCCACAACAGAGAGUUCGUCAGCGGAGGGCAGCCUGGCUGCCGAGAGCUCUUCUGAGUCUAAAGCAGAGGCCGGCUCGGAGUUGAUGGAGGUGAUGCCUGCCGACGAGAAACCGGAGUUGUCUUCGUCUGGAGAAGAGCAGAGUCAAAGCACCAUCCAGUCUGCGUCUCAGACGGACUUCAGCACCAGCACCUCAGGGAGCUCCUCUCCUCAAUCUGGAGACCGGGAUUCAGAUUCUUCGGGGGCGAAGGUCAAGGUUCGCUCUGCGGAUGAGGACGUGGACAUCCACGUGCCGCAUCCACGCAAGAGAAAGAUGCCUAAAGUGUCGUCCUCGCAGUCCUGCUCCACGACUCAGCAGGACAGGGAGAGAGGUCAGCAGUCUCUGGCUGCUAUUGUGGACUCUGUGAAGCUGGAGGAGAUCCAGCCCUACCAGACGGAGAGGGCCAACCCUUACUACGAGUUCCUGCACAUCCGGAAGAAGAUCGAGGAGAAGCGCAAAGUGUUGUGCAGCGUCACCCCUCAACCGCCGCAGUAUUACGACGAAUAUGUGACCUUCAACGGAUCCUACCUCUUAGAUGGGAACCCGCUCAGCAAGCUCUGCAUACCAACA